AUGUUGCAUAAGAUAAAGGUAUAUAUUCUUGUGAUUGAGAGCUCUCAACAGACAGGAGGUUAUGUGCUGGGAUUCAAGAUCGAUCCGAUGGACAAGUUACAAGAUGCAGUGAAGGAAAUCAACUCCUUACACAAAGUGUACUCCGCAAACCCCAUUUUUGGUGUGGAAUAUGAGAUGGAAGAAAAGCCUCAGCCUCUGGAGGAGCUGACCGUAGAACAGCCGCCUGAUGACGUGGAGAUUGAGCCAGAUGAGCACACAGAUGCCUUUACGGCUUAUUUUGCAGAUGGAAAUAAGCAACAUGAUCGUGAGCCGGUGUUCUCUGAAGAGCUGGGUCUGGCUAUGGAGAAAUUAAAAGAUGGAUUCACACUACAGGGACUCUGGGAAGUCAUGGGUUAAAACGCUCAAACGCUCUGUACCAUUAUAUGUAUUUCGGCAUUGCGUUGCUACAUUAUUUACAUCCAAUUUGAAAACAUUUUUCAUUUGCUAAAUGUGAAAAUGUUAUUUAUUUUUAGAAUAUUUAUUUGAUAUUUGAUAAUGGCAUGUUUACAAAUCAUAUGCAAACCAAGUGUAAGUUAGGGAAAAAAG